AUGAAAUUUCUUCUACUCUUCACGUUCAUAGUGUUGGUACAUGAAUUGUCCGGACACGAUAUUACCGGACGAAUUUAUGAUGGAUUUGACGCGCCUGAAGAUGCUUAUCCUUGGAUGGCACUAUUACGUUUUCAUGAUCCGCAACAACCAAAUCGUACGACAAAUCUCUGUGGUGGUUCGAUUAUCUCCGACGUAUUUGUACUAACAGCUGCCAGUUGUUUUUACAACGCUCACAUGUUUCCUAAUCUAUUUUCGAUCAGAGCUGGUGUAUACGAUACUGAUAAUGCAAACAGUGAUACAGAACAAAUUCGUGCGAUUAAUCGAGUGAUUGUACAUCCACUGUAUAAUUCGUCGAGUCUUGUCAAUGAUCUUGCACUUGUACAUGUGAACCCACCGUUUAAUUUGAAAGCAAUUAAUGUUAACGUUAUUACUUUGUCAAAUUUAACAUCAGUUGAAAACAUGAGCUUAAUAGCAACUGGCUGGGGAGUUUUAAGUCUCACGAAUGCAACAGUAGCAGCAACAAUUCUUCAAGCUACUGUCGUUCAAGAAGAUGUUGCAUGUACAACGACGAAAGCAAUCAAUUCAACAACGCAAUUGUGUGCACCAGGUGAUAGUGGUGGUCCAUUAAUGACAUUUGACAAUAGUACUUUGCAAUUUGAACUGGUUGCUGUUACCAGUGCUCGUAAUGCAUGUACCAUGGAGGGCCUAUUCACUCGAGUAGCGCCCUCUUAUGAUUGGAUUUCAUCGGUUUUAAAAAACCCACCGCCAAUAUUGACAACAACGACUCGAACUACAACAACUACCGAAUUUAUUUGCGAUCCAAGUCAUUCCUGUGGAUGUUCGUCCGUACCAGUAGUAUUCCAUGACAAUCUAGGACGAAUCGUUGGUGGUGAAACAGCUAAACCGCAUAGUUGGCCUUGGAUAGUCUCAAUCCAGUUUUUAGGUCACCGUUGUGGCGGGACUCUCAUUAACCGUGAGUGGAUACUGACAGCCGCUCACUGUACAUUGCUUCAAUAUUCUCAAAUUCAUAUUGGUAUUCACGAUGCCACAUCAUCUUCGGGUAUAGUUCGUAACGUUAGCCAAGUCAUUUAUCAUCCCGGCUUUGUUCCGCCACCAAAGCAUAUAAAUGAUAUUGCUCUUAUUCGUUUAUCUGAACCUAUCGAUUUUUCCACGCCUAAUAUCAACGCUGCUACGACUUGUCUUCCAGCACAAUCCAAUGAUAUCGAUUAUCCACGUGCUGGCACUACUCUGGCAGUUGUCGGAUGGGGCGUUGUAAAACCGAAUGGCUUUCCAGCUACACAGUUACAACAAGUCCGUGUUGCGACAUUAGAAAAUGCUGAUCCACGAUGCAAUAGAGCCGUGUAUGAUCGAGAACGACAGUUUUGUGCAAUGGUCGAUGGAGGUGGAAAAGAUGCUUGUCAAGGAGAUAGUGGUGGUCCAAUUCAUCAAUGGUUAGGUGAUCAUUGGGAACAGGUUGGUAUUGUCAGCUAUGGUAAUGGAUGUGCUGAAGCGCAAAAUCCAGGUAUAUACACGCGUUUGUCUUUCUACCACGAUUGGAUUAUGACGACCAUAAAUCAAAUUCAUGUGACAACGACUGCUAGUACUACUUUAACUACUAGUACUACCUCGACUGAUCAUACUAAAACUCCCGAUAAUACCAGUGCUGCAAACCAUACGAAUAUAUUUUUCCUGCCAAUUAUCUAUUCAUUGCUUUUUAUCUUUGCUAUUUGA